AGCUCCGGGUCCUGGACAAGAGGCGGCUCGCGUUUUGACAGCGGGGGCUUGACACUGAGCGAAGUACGGCGGCACAAACACCGUCCGUGUGCUUUUUUUUUUUUUAAACAUCUUUAUUAAGGGCUUAACGUCUCCCGUAAAAGUUGACAUCUCCAAACAUGCAGGCGGAAUCGGGAAUAGUUCCCGACUUCGAGGUCGCGGAGGAGUUUCAAGAGGAGCCCAAAACGUAUUACGAAUUGAAGAGUCAACCCUUGAAAAACAGCAACCCGUCGGACCCGCGCGGCUCCUCCAAGCCCCCGCUGAGCUCCUCGGCCAUGACGUCACGCAUCCUGUUGCGGCAGCAGCUGAUGCGGGAGCAGCUUCAGGAGCAGGAGCGCCGGGAGCAUCAGAGACAACAGGCUUCCCAGUACCCACAAACCACAGCGGCCCAGACCCCUGCCAUCAAUGUCAGUGUCCCACCGCCUGCAUCCCAGGUGCCAAUGGAGGUGCUCAAGGUCCAGACUCAUCUGGAGAACCCGACCAAGUACCACAUCCAGCGCUCCCAGCAGCAGCAGGUGAAGCGCUACCUGGGAAAGCUCGGCUCUCAGGUGCUGAGCCUGCCCUGCCGCAACCAGUCCUCUGACCACGGGGGUAUGCCGCCAGGGCCGGGCAACAGCGCCCCCAACAGCCCUAUGGCCUUACUGACCCUGAACUCUUCUAACUGCGAGAAAGAGAUGGAUGAUGUCAUUGACGACAUCAUUAGUCUGGAGUCCAGUUACAACGAGGAUAUCCUGAGCUUGAUGGACCCAGGACUUCAGAUGGCUAACACGAUCCCCGUGAACGCCAACCUCAUGGACAUGUACGGUAAUCUGUCCCAGCAAGUUCUGCCCAACAGCAACUCCUGCCCUGCCAACCUGCCCAACAUCAAAAGGGAAUACUCCGUUUCGCAGUCCCCGGCCAUCAUGCUGGAUAAAUCUGGAUCCUGCGGCAAAUUUGACAACUAUCAAAGGCCUGAAGGGUUCCCCGUGGAAGUAAGAGCGAUGGCAAAGGAAAGGCAGAAGAAGGAUAACCAUAAUUUAAUUGAGAGAAGACGACGGUUUAACAUCAAUGAUCGAAUCAAGGAGCUGGGAACUUUAAUUCCCAAAUCGAAUGACCCGGACAUGCGCUGGAACAAAGGCACGAUCCUGAAGGCAUCGGUGGACUACAUCAAGAAACUACAGCGGGAGCAGCAGAGGGCCAAGGAGCUGGACAACCGUCAGAAGAAGCUGGAGCACGCCAAUCGGCAUCUGAUGUUGAGGAUACAGGAGUUGGAGAUGCAGGCUCGGGCUCACGGCCUCGUCAUCACGUCUUCGGCACUCUGCUCCGCGGAGCAUGCGAGCCUCUCCAUCAAGCAGGAGACCGCUCUGGAGGACUGUCGCCAGGACCUGUACACGUUCCACCCCCACCACCAACACCACUCGGCCUGCACUCCGGAGCCGCCCGGAGCCCCGGAGCUCAACGACGGCCACUCCAACUACCCAGAGGGUCACUACGGCGUCCACGGCAAGCCGGGCUCCAAACUCAACGACAUCUUCAUGGAAGACACCCUUUCAGGGGGGGACCCUUUGCUCUCGUCCCUCUCCCCGGACACCUCAAAGGACAGCAGUCGCAAGAGCAGCGUGAGCAUGGAUGAGAAUGAUGAGUGCUGUUAGCAGCCCCUACUGGAAGACACCUCGCCUUCAUCUCCACCCGGCUGCAAGUGUCCCCCGUCAGCAGCUCACACACUCCUGGCUGCCGCCGAGGCUUUUUUCUCUCCCUUUUGUGUCAUUUGUUUUGUUGUUGUUGUUGUUUUUUUUCCUUCUUCUCCCCCACCCAUGUUUACAUGUAUUGAAUCUUUUCCAUUCAUAUUUUUUUUUUUUUUUUUUUUUUUUUUGUCCCUCAACCUUGAUUUCAAGGACCGAUUAUAAAGUGCGUUUGCUUUAAUCAAUACUUUGAUGACAAUGAGUUGCGAGAAUAGACGUAUUUUUUUUUAUAUUUAAAAGAAAACAAUGAGUUCAACUUUGAGUAGAGGCUAGAUUAUGUUUAUUUCUAUUGAUUCCAAAGAAUCUAGGGAAGUUAUAAAUCACUGUCAGAAAUGUAGAUAUUUUUUUUUAUUUUUUUUUUUUUAGAUGAACACGGCUUUUUAAAUCGCUAGCAAUAAUAGAAGAAAGAAAAUCUAUUCAUUACUAUAGUGCUUUACACUCCUUGUGUCUUAGAUUGAACUUGAAUGUGCCGAUGCCUUAUUAAGAUGUGUACACAUCAAUGUUGUAUUGCUAUGCACAUUUUUUUGCCUGUUAGUCUUUGUCAGUCUUCCAGUGGAAAUUUCUUCCUCGCUGAAUAUUAAUCAUUUGUAGAUUUCAUCUUAUUUAUGUAUCCAUGUUAUGUACACAUUCCCCUAAAAUGUAUUUAUAACAAGUCAUUUAAAAGAGCCUCUUUUUUUUUUUUAAAUGACUGAGAUAAUAAAUGAAAGCACAUUAAAAUAGGAAGCUAAUAUGUCUCCUUUAAGAUAAUUCAAAUGAACAAAAACCAGCAUUGAUAAUGGCUAAUUGUAAUAUGUAAUAAGUCAAGUUUCACCACACGGAUGCAUCCCAUAACCAUCCGGUGCUGACUGCUCAGUAGUGUGUGCCAGAUAUUUGAUCAAUAAUCAAUCUUCGCUGCCAAAACCAUAAAAAUAGAUACUUAAAAAAAAAAAAAAAUAUGCAGUCUCAAAAAUAGCAGAAUUGUAGUUGAUAAUCAAAAAGAAAAAGUCUGUCAUGGCCAUGACACACACACACACAUACACACACACACACACACUGAUUAUGCUUGAUAGAUCUGAUUGUUACAUAAAAGGUGAAGAUGAAUCAGUUGUGUUUUUAUUGUAUUUCUGUCUCUAGUGAUCAGAACUGGUAAACUGCUAAUAUUUCAGCACACUCAGACUAGGAUGCAAGUGCUGAGUAUUUAUAUAAUUGUCCAUUUCCUAAAUUAUUCUUUUAAACAUUUUUUAUUUUAUUUUUUAAACCACUGUGGUGACAUUUCACAAACAGGAUGUUUUUUUUGUUUGUUUUUUUCCUCCAUUAUGUGAACAUUUAUAUUGCCAAGGAGUAAAAGGAGACUGCUUUUUGGGGAUUUUGUAUGACAUUGCGUGACAUUGUCAAAACACUGGAAAUGACUCAAUGAUUUGAAACGUGUUUUUUUUGUUCACCCUUUUUAUUUUAUUUUUUUAUUAUCUAAGCAUAAACUAUUGUAUUUGCCUUUUUCCAAACGCAUACAGCAUAUUGUAUGAGAUUGUAGAUUCUUUAUGGCGUACGGUUGUUGUACAUUUCAGCGGUUUUGUUUUUUCAACAGUUGUAGCACAUUGCAUCAGUAUUCCUUUGUUCAUAACUACCUGCCAUAUAUUGAGAGCCCUGUUACAGCACAACCUCCAUUUUGUUAAACUAUGCAAUGGUCGACGUCACGUCUCGACAAUGUGAUCUCCUUAUGAAGUAGCCGAAGGUAAUUCUCUUUUCUUUUUUUUUAAAAUUGAUUUUAAGUGCCUUACAGUCCUUUUCUGUUGCCGUGGUGACGUUGGUGGCGUUAAGACAGUGAUGCUAAAAUGUUGUUGUUGUUGUUUAUUCUGGUGUUUGGUGCUUCGUGUAUUAGCUGAAGAGUGCCAAAGUCCUUCAGAAGGGUCGUCGGUCGGUACAAGAGAACACUAUUAGCCUGUUAUGAUGCAACCCCAAAGCGUUCAGUACUGGAUGAAUAAAUAAGGCAUUAUGAAAUAAAUCAUCAGAAGAGUCAAUAGAGUCAAAUUCAUAAAGUAGCU